CUCUAUCCGCCAUUUCUCAGUUUCAGACUUCAGUCUCGAGAGAGGAACUAAAUAUCAACAAUGCGAGAGACAGCUACAAGAGAUUUGCUUGCUUAUAUUCUUUCGAGUUUUAUAAAAUAAUAUGCGGGUAAACAUAAAGGCUCUUAGUGACGCUUGGUUCCGCUGAUGUAGACGCAGCGGACACAUCGCUAUCUGCAGGAUUCUUUUUUUGCUAGGACGUGUUGAAGGCCGCCAUUUUUAUUGGCAAGUAAGCUAGUUAGCUAACUACGGUAGCUAGUUAGCUAGCUACCAAUUUUCGAAAUAUCAUAGGCGUCAACUUAGGCAUAGCGGGAACUAUCGUGACCUAAUAGCUUUACUACACCGUUGUACGACUCUUAGACUAGCACACCAUAAUUAGGUAAAUGCUAUCCGUUCUUCUGGCAACUAGCUUGCUAGCUUUGUAACUUGGCUAAAGACAUGGGAGCAGUGCACUGGAGUAGCUAGCUAGUCAGCUAGCUAGCUGGCUAACCUCACCACUUCUCUCGGAAGAGAGAAAGAAAAGGGAACACUGACUGGUAAUCUUGAAACAAUAAUCUCCGAGUUAUGCAUUUCAUUAGCUUGCUCGUUUGGAAAAUCUCAGUCACAUAUUAAAGGUAGCAUUAGCCAACUAGUCAGCUGGCUAGAAUGGUUCAAAGUGGGCUCGCGCUUGCUCUAGCUUUCUUUUUGUGAAACACCAGAUUGCAUGCAAAGCUAGCUAACUGUUGGAUAGCAAGCGCCUCUCUCGCAUGAGACGACGGCUUGCCUCUAGGUAUAUGCAAAAUACUUGGUUGGUUAGCUGUGUAGUUUAAGUAUUUGAGGCGAGUUUUUACUUUUUUGGAACAAUAUCUUGUUAGCUGAAUCGGGCACAUAAACUAUGCGUGCACUACAUUAAAACGCUAACGUUAGCUAGACACCGCUGAUAUUUUCGUAUCGCUAACAAACUUUCAAUUUAUUAUUUGCGGGCUGGACAUCUGUAAUUGCAUCUUUGUUUAUUUAAUCGUCUUAUCUACUUAGAACCAUGUCAUCCGCACGGUUCGAUUCAUCGGACAGGGCCAGCUGGUAUUUCGGUCCCGUUUCUCGGGUGGAAGCUCAGAACAGAUUGCAGGGACAGCGGCAUGGCAUGUUUCUAGUACGGGAUUCUUCUACAUGCCCAGGUGACUAUGUCUUGUCGGUAUCAGAAAACUCCAAAGUGUCCCACUAUAUUAUUAAUUCGUUGCCCACGAAGAGGUUCAAGAUUGGCGAUCAAGAGUUUGACCAUCUUCCGGCUCUCUUGGAAUUCUACAAAAUCCAUUACUUAGACACCACGACACUCAUAGAGCCAGCUCCCAGGUACCCAAACCCAGCGAUCGGCGGCAGCCCCGCUCCAAUGAUGGGCGGCCCGGAGGAGAACCUGGAGUACGUGAGGACUCUGUACGACUUCACGGGCAGCGAUGCCGAGGACCUCCCCUUCAAGAAGGGCGAGAUCCUGAUCAUCCUGGAGAAGCCGGAGGAGCAGUGGUGGAGCGCCAAGAGCAAGGAGGGCCGCGUGGGCAUGAUCCCCGUGCCCUACGUGGAGAAGCUGGUGCGGCCGUCACCCCUCCAGUUCCAGGGCAACCGGAACUCCAACAGCUACGGGAUCCCCGAGCCGGCCCACGCGUACGCCCAGCCCCAGACCCCCUCCCCUCUGCCCCCCGGCACGCCCGGCGCCAUCAUCAACCCCCUGCCCUCCACGCAGAACGGACCUGUAAUGGCCAAGGCCAUCCAGAAACGGGUGCCCUGCGCCUACGACAAGACAGCCCUGGCACUAGAGGUUGGAGACCUUGUCAAAGUGACGCGGAUGAACAUUAGCGGCCAGUGGGAGGGGGAGGUGAACGGUCGGAGGGGGCUUUUCCCGUUCACUCACGUCAAAAUAAUCGACCCCAAGAAUCCGGACGAGAGCGAAUGAGACGAAGCUGGGCUCCAUGACCCGCCCCAUCCCUCCCACCCUUCCCCAGUCUGAGGGCAGCCUCCAUUUGUCCACCUGUCUUUGCUGGCCUGGCCUGCCCGCUCCCACAAUGCAUCGCUUCAGAGAACGUCAGGCCCAUGUUCACCCACUGAAACCAUCACUAGAGUCUCUCCACCUCUGAAAUCAAAGAGCUGUUAGCCCCUCCCCUGGUGUCAGCAUUGACAUCAUUAUCUUACCUUUUCCCCCCCGUUUUGUCAUCCCCUCAUAACCUUUUGUGUUCGGACAUUUGGCAGCCCCUUGCCGUGCCGAAGAGCGCAAUGUGCCGUCAAUUGAAAGUGAUGCCGAAGACGUUUUAUUUUCGUAUUGGUUUUUUUGGUUCGUUGCUUUUUGAAACCGUUUUACAGUUUUUAGAGCCAGAAUGAGGUACCCCAUUCUUGACACUGACCAGAAAGGGUCGUGACGACGAGAAGACAAAUCACUAAUGAAGAGCAGAAUAGGAAACAACGAAGAGACGGACGCAUUCUGUCCAAAUUAGUUUUUCCUCCUUCCUCCGCCACCUUAAACUUAUUCAAAUCAAGGCCGCUGCUCUCGUUUUGCUCAGUAGCAAGAAUCUUAAGUGUAACCAUUAUGCGAAUAAUAAGAAAAUGGCCGAGGUGCAAAAGGACAGCGCAAACCUUAAUGUGGAGCAGAGGCUGACCGACCCGUGCAGAGAGCAGAACCAGCAGCGUGCCUUUCAGUGAAACUCCCUCUGUCCUCCUGAUCUCCAAAAGAAACUUGUGAGUGGAGAUGGACAGGACACAGGAGUAGACUCUCAAUGCCACUUGUUGAUAGGGGCUGCCGCAUGCCUGCGCCUGCUGCUUCAGGUGCUGCGAAACGGCUCAUUGUGGGGCGUCCCUAGUGAACGGGAGGUCCACAGUUUGCGACUUAGCUUUGAGUGAUGUUGCUGCCUUAGGAAGGGGGCUUCUUGUAACAUUAGCUUAGUAGGGGGUGAUAAGUCCAUCAGUAAAGUGGGGCUGUAGAAGAAAUCUUACUGUAUGUUGCCUGUGUCUCACUGACUGAUGAAAGGCACUGCACAUUGUUGACAAGGCUCUUGUAACCAGGAAGAGUUGCAGGAGUGACCGCCGCUCUUGCCCUCGUCUUUUUAAACCAGCUUUUCCUCCGGACUUUUUGUCACUGUACGAGGAAGUCGGAACGUAGUUGAAUAUAUUUUAAGGUUUACCGUGUAAAAUCAUGACAGAAAAAUAAAGUCUGGUCUGGUUUUACCCCCCCUUUUGAAGCUUGAGCUUAAUGGAUUUUCUGCUUUGUAGGCUGUCACUAGAUGCUCUCCCUAAGAAAAAAAAAAAGCUGUACAUGCUGCUCUAUAUAGUGCGUUCUCUCUAACCUGUUCUUUUCAUUUGGUAGAAUAGCAAUGCAGUUCACCUUGUCCAGGAAAAAUUGUUAUUUUUUUCCUCUCUCUUAACAGUCAGCUGUCGGGUCACACACUUGUCAACAGAAAAGGACAUUUCAUAAAGGGAUAAUGCCUGCUAGUUGCCUCUGUGCAUGACGUCCUGAUCUUUUGGUUUGUUCAAAGUCAAAAUGCUGCUUUGUCACCUCUAACCUCCUAUAUUCUAUAUUUCUUUUUUUUCUUUUUUAAGUCAGUGGAAUUGCUGUAUCCUGACCCAUAGUUCAGAUACCCGUGCAGCCUCCUUUCUAACCAUUUGAACGAAGCAAUAUCAAUCCCUUGUCUCUAAAUGCGCUAUUAAAUUGUCUGUUUAAAUCAGGAGGUUGCCCGAAUACUGUAUUCCUUUGUUAUUGACAUUAACAGUAUUACAGUGCUUUUUUCUGGUUUAGGAAGCCUACAGUGUCAAUUUGUUUUAAUAAAGCAAAAUUGUGCCUUUUAUUUUCUUACGGCAUUUAUGUGUGUAAUGCGUCACAUGGUUAAUAUAAUACCCGUGUUGGUAAAACCCAUCAUGUACAGUGCAAGUAAAUAAAAAUUACCAUCGA